CAAACAUUUUUCCCUAGCUUACUUUACAUGGCCAGCUCUCCACUGCCUAAACAAGAACCACUGUCUUAUAUUAUCCUACACCACACCCCCUGCUUAAAAUGCGCACCCUCCUCAACUCAAGGCCGCUAACACCAUUACCACCAUGUCUCGCUUCAAAUUUCAACUCUUCUCCAUUUCGCUCUCUGUUUCACUACAGCCUUAGAACCAACAAGAGAUUUCAUUUCUUAUCUCCUUGUUCUUCCUUAAAACAAAAAAAGAAACAACAGCAGACACUUAGAAAGACCAAUGCCCCACAAAGUGUAAGGUGGUUCUUGAACACAAAAGGUGAUGAUAGUGAUGAUAAGGUUAAAGGAGAUGGUAGUGAAGCUGAAGAGGGGUUGGAAGGAGACACUGCAUUUAAAGGUACUCUUUUGGCCGGAGUCUUGUUGGUUGGUGUUGUUGGUGGGUUUGGUGCUGUUGGGUAUAUCUACAAGGACCAGAUCAAUGCUUUCUUGAACCAGUUUUCUGGGUUCAUUGAAGGUUAUGGACCUGCUGGAUAUGCUUUAUUUGUAGCGGUUUAUGCAGGAUUGGAAAUCCUUGCAAUUCCAGCGAUUCCAUUAACCAUGUCAGCAGGUCUUCUUUUUGGCUCUCUUAUUGGCACCAUUAUUGUCUCUAUAAGUGGAACGGCUGCUGCAAGCAUUGCUUUUCUGAUAGCUAGAUAUUUUGCUCGAGAGCGUAUUCUUAAACUGGUUGAAGGAAAUAAAAAAUUUCUUGCAAUUGACAAAGCGAUUGGGGAAAAUGGCUUCAAAGUUGUCACCCUUCUACGUUUGAGUCCCUUGCUUCCAUUUUCUCUCGGGAAUUAUUUGUAUGGAUUGACAUCUGUUAAGUUCAUCCCCUAUGUCUUGGGAAGUUGGUUGGGGAUGCUUCCAGGAACAUGGGCUUAUGUGAGUGCUGGUGCAUUUGGCCGUGCAAUCAUUCAAGAGGAAUCUGAGCUCGGAUUAAGGGAAGGUAACGGUGGGCUUUGGACCCUUGGACUGGGAUUAUUGGUCACAGCUAUUGCUGCAACUUAUGUAACGCGGCUGGCUAAGGAUGCUGUAAAGGAUAUGGAGUAGAAAGUAGAACACAUGGAGUAGAAAAGCCCUUGCCAGUAGUGUAACACUGUAAUUGAAACUGCAAGAUGAUUGGUGCAUCACCAUCUUGUUAAUCCAAGUACAUAAUCUAAGCCAAGCUAAUGAAAUUGGACAGUUUUUUCAUCGCUUCAAAA